AGACAAAUAAAAAGUGGUGUGUUUUGGAAGGAGGCUUCCUGAGUUACUAUGAAAAUGACAAGUCUACCACUCCCAAUGGCACCAUUAACAUCAGUGAUGUCAUCUGCCUGGCUGUGCACAAAGAGGACUUCUAUAUAAACACCGGGCCCAUCUUCACCUUUGAGAUCUAUUUGCCCUCAGAACGUGCAUUUUUAUUCGGAGCUGAAACAUUUCAAGCCCAAAGAAGAUGGACAGAGGCAAUAGCUAAGCAAUUUGUUCCCUUUUUUGCUGAAAACUUAACACAAGCUAAUUAUGAUUUGAUUGGUCAACUCUACUACAAAGACUGCCAUGCCCUGGAUCAGUGGAAAAAAGGCUGGUUUGCUAUGGACAAGUCUAGUUUGUGUUUUUGCCUUCAAACGCAGGAAGUUCAGGAAGAUAGAAUGAACUUAAGAAGACUGCAAGAGCUAACUAUCAGCACAAUGGUUCAAAAUGGGGAAAAAGUGGAUAUUUUGCUCUUGGUAGAGAAAGGGAGAACAUUGUACAUCCACGGACACACCAAGUUGGAUUUCACAGUCUGGCAUGCUGCAAUUGAGAAAGCAGCAGGUACAGAUGGAAAUGCUUUGCAGGAUCAGCAGCUCAGCCAAAACGAUGUUCCCAUCAUCGUGAACAGCUGUAUAGCAUUUGUUACGCAGUAUGGUUUAGGGUGCAAAUAUAUCUAUCAAAACAGUGGUGAUCCUUUGCACGUAAGUGAACUCCUGGAGAGUUUCAAAAAAGAUGCCAGAAGCUUUAAAUUGAGGGCUGGAAAGCAUCAGCUUCAAGACGUGACGGGCGUGCUGAAAAGGUUUCUGUCCGACAUCGACGAUGCGCUUCUCACUAAGGAGCUCUAUCCAUACUGGAUCUCUGCUUUAGAUACCCAAGAUGACAAGGAAAGAAUUAAAAAAUAUGGAGCAUUUAUAAGUACUCUUUCAGGGGUCAACCGAGCAACAUUGGCAGCUAUAAUUGAACACCUUUACAGGGUUCAGAAAUGCUCAGAAAUCAAUCACAUGAACGCCCAUAAUUUGGCCUUGGUCUUUUCAUCCUGUUUGUUUCAAACUAGGGGACAAACUAGUGAAGAAGUGAAUGUAAUCGAGGACUUAAUUAAUAAUUAUGUUGAAAUAUUUGAGGUUAAAGAAGACCAAGUCAAACAAAUGGACAUAGAAAAUAGCUUUAUUACCAAGUGGAAAGACACUCAAGUUUCCCAGGCUGGAGAUCUGUUAACUGAAGUGUAUGUGGAGAGGAAGGAGCCCGACUGCAGUAUUAUAAUCCGGAUAUCUCCUGUGAUGGAAGCAGAAGAAUUAACUAAUGAUAUGUUAGCAUUAAAAAAUAUUAUUCCUACCCCAGGUGAUCUCUGGGCCACAUUUGAAGUCAUUGAAAAUGAAGAGCUAGAGCGCCCUCUUCACUACACAGAAAAUGUGUUGGAGCAGGUGCUUCGGUGGAGCUCAUUAGCUGAACCUGGCUCUGCUUAUCUCGUGGUGAAGAGGUUCUUAACCACCGACACCAUCAGACACUAUAAUGAGAGAAAUGCCCUGGAAAGUAUCAAAGAGGGAGCCCUGAAAAUCAAAGAAGAACCAUCUAAAAUACUGUCUGGAAAUAAAUUUCAAGACCGGCACUGUGUUUUACGAGAUGGAUAUCUGAUUCUUUACAAGGACCUGAAGAGUAGCAAACAUGACAAAAUGUUUCCUCUCAGUUCAAUGAAGUUUUAUCUUGGAGUGAGAAAGAGAGUGAAACCUCCAACAAGUUGGGGAUUGACAGCGUAUUCUGAAAAACAUCAGUGGCACCUGUGUUGUGACAGUUUACAAACUCAGAUGGAGUGGAUGGCCAGUGUCUUCCUUGCCCAGCAUGAAAAUGAUAUACGGCCACCCGCUGGAAAGCAACGGAAACGCUCUAUAACCAAAAACCCCAAAAUCGGAGGUUUGCCUCUCAUUCCCAUCCAGCAGGAGAAAAAUGCCACCCAAGCCUGGAGAAAUAUCGAGAGCGCCAGAGGGGAGCUGGAGAAGCUGCGGCUCCAUGAGAAGCGCGACCAGGAGCCUGGGGACAGCACGCUGAAGGACAGAGCCUCCAUGGUGGCCCACUGCCUGGAGCACAGGGACGAUAAACUGCGGCAUCGAGCCCGGAAGCAUCGCAGCCUCUACUGUCUGGAGGACACAGAGGCCGAGACCGAGGCCUUUCAUGGGCAGCAGAAAGGCCCUAAAGGCUCAUCAAAGACCCUGGGGAAGGCUGAGGACAGGAACGGCAGAGCCACUCUGGACGCUGAUAAUAAGUUGCCGUCCCAGGUCAUCAGAGAACUCAGCGUGGUCCUACAACGGUCAAGAACCCUUCCGAAAGAGUUACAGGGCGAGCAGAUCUUGCAGAAAGAAAUAAAAUGACUUGCAGAUUUUUUUUAAAAAAGAACAUUGCAUACAAUGUUUGUGUACAAAUCAGAAAGCAAACUAUAAUGGUUUGUAACAUUUGUCUAGCUGUAUGUACUCAUUUGAAGAGCAUUUGGGAAUAUAUAUGUAUAUAUGUGAUAAAUGUAAGAUUUAACUUUAUUUUGGUCUGAACAAAGCUUGUACAGCGCACCUGUAUUAACCGUGUGUAAAAAGUCCUUGGGUUACUUUGAGUGGCCAGCCUUUUGAAGUCGGUGUCUUUUAAGUGGUGUAAUUUAUGAGCACAAAGAUCCCACUGUACUGUAUUGUAUAAAAUGCUGUUUAAACGAAGCCUAUGAAACUAUGUGUAACACAUUUUGCACUUUGAGGAACCCUGUAUAUUAAGUUAGCACAUGUUUUUAGGUUUACAGAGGGUCUACCUUAGGGAAAAGAAAGGGAAGUAAGUUGAAAAUAGGGAGGGUUUAUUUUAGGGGCUGCCUGUCACACAACACCGGGGUUUUAAAAAGAGGCCAGAAGUUAACAAACACCCUAAAAACUGAGGAGGUUAGGAUGUAUUCCAGUUCACUUUUGAGAAAUAGCUUGUGAAGAAAAAUGUCUAGUGACUGAGUUUUUCCCAAGAGCCUGACUCAGCCAACAAACAUGCCUAAUGGCACUGGCCACGCUUCGUUGGGGUGUGAGCGGACCAGCCACAGUCGACGCUCACUACACUGCAGGUCUCUGUGGGUGGCUGCUGAGAGGAGACUUACACUGCCCGGGAGGCGUGUGCACAGGGCCCGGCGUGGACGCCAAUUGCACUGUUGCUGUGUCCAGGAACGUGGUCUUGGUCAUCAAGAGUUCCUCGCCAUGGUUUUGGUACGAACACAAUUCAUCAUUGCAGCGUUUUGUUAUUGUGGUUUUUUUGUUAUUGUUUUACUGUGUACGCCCCCUUCUUGUUACCUUUAAGUAAGGUUGUAACAUGGUUCUCUGCACUGUCAGAAUUAACUGGAAGUAUGCAGCAUGCGGCCAUUUUGCAGUGGGAGGUAGGGGAACAAAGCCCUAUCUAUCUUGACAUCCACUUCGGAUCAGCUACUGAGUCCAUGGUUCCCCCAGGGCUUAUAGUACUAAUUAUAGCUCAUGGAAGGGGCAGCACUUUUCAGCAGUGUCUUUAGAAUUCUAUCAGAUCUGGCAAGUUUCCAUGAAAACUUAUUUUAUGUAUGGCUGCUUUAUCCCUAGCAUUCCUUUUUACUCCCCUCUACUUUUUGAGUAUCUUGAUCAGAAUUUGUAUACAAAGGACCAUACUUUGGUCGGUCUGAUCACAGUACAGUAGUAUGCUGCCAAAUGCUCUGAGUUUCUUCACUGUAAAACACUUAUAUUUGGUGGGGAUAAAAUUGUUUGCCCUGGAUAUAUGAUAUUUAUUCUUUUAAUCCAAAUAGAUUGGAAUUUUUUUAAAGAAGAGAAAACUGCGGGUCAGUUUAUAAAAUAGAUGGGCACUGCUGGGGAGCCUUUUGGUAUUUUAGAAAAAAAAUCCAAACUAAACAGUGAUCCUAAUAAGUGAUAUUUAUGUUAUAAAGUAAGGAGGCAUAUAAAAAUUAAUGUUGGACAACGUUGGACAAUGGGAACAGUAUCUGGAGUGUACGUGUCUUAUCUAAAUAUUUUUGAAACUUGAGCUUCAAAUCUAAUAGCUUCUGUUUCCUGUACAAUGCUCUCUGUUUUUCCAAGUGUAAGAUAAGGGCUAAUGAUAUCUCCUAUAUUUUGAGUAAAAAUUAAAAUUGUUUUACAAGUCCA